UCCGAGUUCUAUCUCUGGAUAAACCGCCAUUUUGUCGACUUGUGUUAAGGACUUGUCUGUCUAGUGUACGAACUCUGGUGGCAAGUCUACAGUAAACGAAUAAGAAGAAUUUAUUAACAAUUGAAAGCAUAUCAAUGACUUUAAGCACGUUCAAUGGAAUAUAGUUUAACACAAAGGAGGAGGAGCUAUACACAUAAGAACAUUGAAAUCGCGUGAGCACGCGGGCUGCCAUGCGCUGAUUGGACACUAGCUGGUUCAGGCAGACGACAGUUUCUUUGGCAGACGACAUCACCCCUCGUGUCAGACCUCACCCCGCCAGAAAGCACGAGACAUUUCGUCAUAGGAGUACUAGUUCACGAGUGACAAGAUAUUUUGUACAAGAUACCAAACCAAAAUGAACACUUUACUAGUAUUUGUAGCUGUGUGGAUUUAUUCUGUUGUGGCUGACAAGGUUGCCCUGCCAUCGUUCCAGAAGUUGCGUCAUAACUAUCCCGGAUAUCACAGUCAUGGUGGAAGGUUCACUCACAGAAUGCUGCUGCGAAUGAUUGGCUGUGAUACAGAAAACCUACUGCAUGACACAAGCGCUCUUAGAUUUUCAGUCACUCUCAACAAGCUCGGAGGCGAGCACUCGUUGGGACGCCAGCCUAUCAAACUCUCUACCUAUGGCCACGACAGUGUGGAAGGAAGGAAUGGCUUACAGUACAUCUACCAUCCUUUGGCUUACGGGCCGUUCUUGGUGGACAAAUACGGGUACCCUAACAUCUCGGUGCUGCACCAGACAGAUCCGAUAGCCACCAAAGAUAAGUUCUGGGGGAAACAAGGGAUCAUGGAAGUCAUCACGUACACCAAGAAAGGCAACAACGCCAAAGGUCAUAUUGUUUUGUGGGAUUGCGACCAUAUUCAUCAGGCUAGAGACUGGAUAUCCCGACAUACUUUAAUAACGGUGGAAUUUUGGGCUUCACCAGAUUCUGACUGCAGCAGAAUGAAAAAAGCAUCACCAAAGGCGUCAAUCCCGAAAUCAGUUGACCCGAUUCGCCAUCUUAAGAGAAGACUUUUGAGCAAGAUAAAAGCCAAUGAGUUAUCGGCGAGCAACUACAAAUAUUUAAUCAACAAAUCGCAAAAGUAUAAACUAUUGAACAAGAUCCAACCGAAAUUAAAAAGAACUCAUUGAAAGGUUUCAUAUCGGAUAAUAAUAUUUAAGAAAGCUUAAAACUAUUUGGAAUUAACUUCCAAAUGAGUUUCUGAAGUGUAUAGACCUAGUCGAGUGCUACCCAAGCAGGUGUAAGCUCGGUCUCCAUACACGACGCCCGUCCUUGCAGAAUCGUCACAUGGGUGACGCCUGUGCUUAGAAAGAAUGGAAGAUACCUCAAAGUCUUCAACCAUUGACGGAUGUAAAAGCCUCCAGUUAAACAUGUAUACGCUUUCAUGAUUAAUACUGAUACCUAAUAAGUAAACGGACAACCAGAAAUGCUUCCCGAAUGUGUUUAUAAGCUUAAAGACAAUAUUUAAUAAGGAAGAGUGGAUGAGGACGAGUAUAAUUCCAAGACAAAUCAUGAUGUCUGUGUCGGUCUACAAACAUUGAAUCCUCUGUACACAUGUGUGAUCGUCUACAAACAUUAAAUCCCAUGUACACAUGUGUGGCAGUCUACAAACAUUAAAUACCCUGUAUACAUGUGUGACAGUCUACAAAUAUUGGAUCCUUUGUACACAUGUGUGACAGCCUACAAACAUUAAAUACCCUGUACACAUGUGUGACAGUCUACAAACAUUGCAUUCCCUGUACAGAUGUGUGACAGUCUACAAACAUCCCUGAUGGUUUUCAGUGAACAUUGUUCCAGUGCUUAUUAACUCAUGUUUUAAACAAACCCGUUACACUGCAGCAAAUAUUUGUGUAAACGUAUUACUAUGUAUGUAUACUGUUAAGUAUAAUGGAUAUCGUUGGCUUCCUGUAUAUACACUGACUAAAUUGUCAGUAUGCAAUGACUUUUGUGCAAUUCUCUCGUGUAUAAAGAAUGCAAU